UCGUGAACCUCCUGAUGGAAGAGUCGCAUAUCGAAUAUCGAAUCCGAAUUAAAAUCGCGUCACGCGUCAUGUUGAUUAUGUUGGAUUUAUACGAAUUUCCUAAUAAGAAUUAAUUUUUGUGAAAAUAAAAGUUAGAUACCAAUGCCACUCGUCUCGAAUACGGAACUGACAGAAGUAUCUUUCGUGUUUCGUCCCCAACUCAGUUAUCAACCUAUCAACCCCUCUACACGUUAAGUGUUGAAGCACUGUGGUGGCGAUAGUCACAGCCGAGGACGAGGAGUUCGGUCGGUGGUGCUGGUAGCCGUGGGAGUGGGUGCUUCUUUGAUUGCACGUUGUUGCGUUGAUUGUUGGAAUUUUUAUUUCAUAACCUUUUUCUUUAUUGUUCUGUUCACUUCUUGUUCGUUGUUUGUGGUUCUUUCGUGUUUUGUGUCUCUAGAACGUCUGUCUCGCAAUAAGGAUAUCAAAAAAAGUCCAUUUUGCACGAAGAAGACGACGCGACGCGGUCGAAUAUGCGACUGUGUUGACGCGCGUGAAAAUAUGUGAGCGAAGUGCAUUGAAUUCGCGGUGCUUCGGGGAAAAUUCACUUUUUUCCGUCUUUUGAUUGAAUUUUUUGAUUUGCGGGCCGACCGACCCGACCGAACGUGACGAGGAGGGUGUUUUUGUGUUUUAAAUUUAAUAACACAGACGCGGACGGCUAUUUCGACGCGAAUCAUGGUAUUAUGCAUGAUGACGAUUUAAAUAAUCGAAUAAAGCUUAUAACGACUUUAUGGGUUUCUUAUUAAAAAAAAGAGAAAAGCAAAUCGUGUUAAAAUGUGUAAAUUAUUGAUUGUUGGAUUUUAUUCUCGUUUUUAAGGGAAUACCUUUUGCUUAUACCAACGACGAUUUGAGACGCGACGCAACGUUGUUUUUAUCUGAAUUAAAAGCGUGAAAUAUUGUUAUGUCUGUACGCACGACAAAUUCUUUGAAUCAACGCACAUGUCCUUCGUCCUUUCCUCUUCUAUAGUACUUAACAAGAGUGAGAAUAAGAUUAUGAACAUGUGAAACACUCGAAAAAUUGAAGGUAUCUUUAAUUGAUUUUUGCUUAUCUAACACGUACACGUAAUGUUCGAACGUUCGUACGAGUGACGACGACGACGACGAUAAAUGAGCUCGAGCUCCUUUUGUGGAUAACGACUGUAAUUAAUGGAGAUUUUAUUGCUUUACAUGGAUUACCAAUUUUAAUCAGCUGUUCGAAAAAGGAAAUGCAGUCGAGAUAAAACCAAACAAAAAUAUGCCUGAGAAUAAUAAACCGAAAACGAAUCGGAUUCCACGGCGACGACCGUCGAAUUUGAAUUUGAAAGUUGUUCGAGUAGAACCACCACCGGAUGAUAGGACCAGUGAUGAUUCCUCCCAAGCAGCAGCACCUGUUUUUGCAUCUGUGCACAGACCUCGGCAUGCAGGCAGUUCGGCAAUUAAACGGGACGGAUUACAGCUGCAGCAUCAUCAUCACCAUCCACACAGUAUCAGACAACAAUCAUCAUCGUCGACGACGUCUUCUGGUCUUGGUGCUUCUACUGCUGCUGCUCGACAGCAUCAGGAAUCCACAACUACAACAACGACGAACUACUCGUCGAAUUUGACAGCAGUACUAUUGCCUCCUGGUUCGACAUUCCGGACAAGCCAUGCAAAUAGUUCCGUCUUUGAUUUGCCCCCUGGAAAUGGUGGUGGCGUCAGCGGUGGUGGAACUGGCGCUCCCACUUCUGGUGCGUCAGACAAUUCUGGCAGAUCAAAAAUUCGAUGUUGGUAUGAUAGCAGCAACACAACGGCCAUAAUGGCUGGUGGAAAGCAAUCAAUUGCGGUACCAAUUCCGCAACCCUUUCGACAACUACCAUCUGGUGCUGGGUUGCAUCAAAACCAGCAUCGAGCAAAUUCUGCCACACAUUCGAGUGGACCGGGAGUUCACAGCUCUGGCAGCUUCUACCAUCAUCCCGGCUCUUCGACAAGUCAGCAUGAUGGUGGUGCAGCGGCGGGAGAGGGUGGCAGUAGUCGGAUUCCAAUGGCACAUCAGAAUUUUAAUCAAAUUUCCAAAACUGCCACUAAUUUGCUGCACGACAUUUACGAGAAGCACUUGUUGAAUCAGACCAUGUUCGAUAUGCGUUCUUCUGCUGCUAUGGUAGGCAAUGGUAGUGCUGGUGGUGGUGUUGGUUCCUCCCACAACUAUGACUUUCAUUUGAAUAAUUUGCCACCACAAGCGGCAGCACCAAGCAAACAUCAGCUACAGCAACAGCAACAUUACCACCACCAACAACAACAAUCAUCAUCGUCGUCGUCAUCAUUCAUGAGGGAUUCGUGCUCGUCAUCGAAACAACCCAAAGGAUUGCAUUUUUUGAAGCUUCCUCCUCCUCCACCGCAACAGCAGAUGGUCUCCACGACUGCACCCCAUUUGCACUUUCAUUUUCCCCAAGGGUUCGUCGAGCCGAUGUGUGACAAGGCGUCUGUACUCCAUCAUCAGACUCAACAGCAACAGCAGCAGCAACAACAGGAACAGCAGAAAUACCACCAACUCCAUCAGCAACACGUCUACGAAACAAUACCGGAGCGGCCGCAAAAUACGCCGCAUUCAUCUCACUCGAAAGGGAUAAACAAUAAUUCAGCCGCCAACUCCGCUGCCACUUCAACUUCAAAUUCAACUUCAACAAACGGCCACCAGCUGUCAAAUCGAAAUCUAAGACGACGAGCCUCUGGAAGGGGCUCCCAAAAAUCCGGUGCCGCUUCGUCCGGAAGCAAAAAAGUCUCAUCAUCUGGUCCGCUGGCAUCCGACAUCAGUGGAAGUUGUGGCGGUGGCGUCGUCGUCGGUAUCGGGCACAAACAGCAAAAUGUUGGCAAUAGCAAUCCGUCAAAUCAAAGGAAACAUACAUCAGCUGGGCCCAGCAGCAUUGGUGGUAUUGGAUAUGAGGAGCAUUACUUUCGCCAGGAAGACUUUCAUUACCGGAAUCAGCUGCCACCACCGCCACCUCCAAAGAAUCCACCUCUGCCAUCGUCGUCGACGUCAACCAACUCUGCAGCCCAUCAACGAACUAGAGCCGACGGCGAGCAUAAUCAAAGGCAGACCCAAAAUUUUACUCAAGGCCAUCAACCAUACCCCACCACAAAUGGAAUUCCUACGAAUCAUGUCAGUUUCGCGGGGGAGAACGGCGGUGGCGGUGGCAGCGGCAGCGGAAGCGGCUUUGGUGGUGGCGUCACUGUUAUGAUGAUGGAAGAUUAUAACGUACGUGAGGUUCCUUUGGGCAGUGCUACAAUGCAUGCGAGUUUUGUCGAGGAUAAUCUAAGGGAAGCUGGACUUUUGGAGAAGCCAUCGGGAAAGGGAGGUAUUAUUGGUAGUGGUUUGCCCAUUGUUUUCGAAGAGGAAGCUGCAAAUACAACAACAACGAUGGUACAUGGAGAUGAUGUGAAUUCAGGAGGACUUCAAGAUGAUGGCAUUGCCAGGUACCCCUAUCGAAAUUGUAAAAUUGAUCUAAUGAUGGAGACCGCGCAGGCGAUGGCUGCUGCUGCAUACUAUGCAAGAGCAGCACAAAAACUCGCCCAAGGUGGUGGCUCAUCAAAAAGCCGUUCCACCGAUAUGGCGCACACAUCACGCAACGGCGGUUUUUGUGGAGCUCUUCAAAGAGCUCCACCACCUUUACCCCCUGGCUUAGCCCGUCGAUUGGCGAACAAAGAAAACUAUGGUAUUGGAAAGGUCAAAGUAAUGUUACGUGUGUCAGACAGUCACAUGGACGAAGAACAUCCUCAUUUUAUGGCUGUGGACAAAAAGAAAAGACAAGUCACUUUAACAGAUCCUAGUGCAGCGACAACAGUUGCUGCGUCUACCUCACAAGAACGUGGACCGAUGGUUGCCGCCCCAAAGAUGUUUGCCUUUGAUAGUCUUUUUACUGCUGAAGACCAACAGUCUGAUAUAUGUGCCUCGGCAUUGUCCGAAGUAAUACCUGCUGUCCUAGAGGGCUCCGAUGGAUGUCUGCUAACAAUUGGCUAUCCUAGUUCAGGACAAUCACGGACAAUGUUGGGCGGAAUUCAAUCAUCGGGUGAAUUGGGCGCCAUUCCCUGUGCAAUAUCCUGGCUGUACAAGGGCAUCAAUGAGCGGCGACAGAAGUCCGGUGCCCGAUUUUCAGUGCGAGUGAGUGCAUUGGGAGUUAGCGCAACGAAGCCCGAUUCCAGUUCAAAGGAUUUAUUAGCUGCCCAUGCGACAGAAUCCGACGACUCGCCUGGAGUUUAUUUGCGUGAUGAUUUUCUCGGCGGACCGACUGAAUUGCGAGCACCCACCGCCGAGCGAGCAGCACUGUUCCUAGACGCAGCCCUAGCAGGACGACCUCAAGGUGGACUCGAGCCCGCAAUGAUAUUCACGUUGCAUGUCUAUCAAUAUAGCUUGUCGCGAAAAGGAGGAGUGGCGGGAGGACGAAGUCGUUUGCAUCUAAUCGAUUUAGGGGGUUGUGCGAAUCGAAAUGGCGGUCUACCGCUAUCCGGCAUCGGCAACAUUCUACUGGCGAUACUCAGUGGUCAACGGCAUCCACCGAACAAGGAUCAUCCCUUGACGCCGUUGUUAAAAGACUGCCUUGCACCGUUAACAUGCCAUGUCGCCAUUAUGGCCCAUGUCUCACACACACAGCCACACUCAGAUGCACUAACGACAAUCCAAUUAGCCUCAAGGAUACACAGGAUGCGGAGACGGAAACAUCGUUUCCCAAUUUCAUCAGAUAAAGCGCUGCCCGUUAAUGCAGGCCAUCAAUCUGCCGGCUCAUCUGAGGGACCCGAUCCAUCAAGUUCUGAUUUAUCGGCCGAUACGGUCAUUUAUAUGGGACCGUGUGACGAUGCUACGGACGGCGAACACCCGCCUGUGUAUUUGCCAUCGCUGAGUAGUGGCGACAAUCGUUGUGCCAUGAGUAAAGUGCUGAAGGGCAGUGGUGCUGAGAAGCCUUCAGGAGUCUCAACGACGACGACGGGUUCGGGAGCUUCCAAAAUACCAGCCAAAAAGACCACAUCUCAAAAACCUCAAAGUCCUGUGGUAGCCAAUCGAACGGACAGCCUAAAACGCAACCACACCACCACCAGCUCCAGUCCAACACCUCCGAAUCAAGCUGGAGACCAGACCACAAUUCCAGCUCAAUUCUUCUCGCCUGUCCAUAGUCUGAAAACAAUACCCCACUCAGCGUCGUCGCCAAAAAUAGUCGCCGGCACCCUUCGGCAUUCUGGCCUAAGCAAAGGCUCCAACGUCCCCUCGCCAAAAGGUUCACCACUGCGAAGGCCCGCCGUUGGUAGUGCCACUUCUAAUCCUGCCACCGCCGCCAAUGCCGUCAAUCCAGACAGUCCGUUGAGACAAAUUACAGAGGAGCAGUGGAUUGAUGGACCUCGCGUGUCCCGAGCCAAAGUAGCCGAAGCCAGACAUCUAAUGCGAGAGAUUAACCAUGUUAAGCAGUGCGAAACGUGGGUAGAUGGACCGAAGUCGCAGUCGGCGCGUUCCCUCACCGCAGGCAAUUUGCCAGCCACCCCAACGCAAGCAGUCGGCUAUGGCUUUAUGGACUCGCACAAAAAGACCAUGAUCCGACAAUGGGUGGAAAAUCAAUCAUCGCAAGUGUUCCAGUCGUCAGCGGCCUCCUCGCCCACUCACCAAGGACAACAGCAGAUGCAGAUGCAACAACAGCAGCAGCAUCUGAGGAACCUAACAUAUCACUUGGCCCAGUUCAAGCAGAAGUCCGAAGACGACCAGCACUCGUUGGAGAGCAACAUGGAGAUGGUGCAUCCGAUGGGACCGGGAUUGACGACAGCCAUUAGUACGACAAAUGCCUCGGCACCGGCAGAGAUUUGCGGCGUUCGCAGUGGCGGCUGUGGCAGUGCCAAAUCACACUUUCAUAAUAGAGACGAGACUGACUUACAUUCGGAUAGAUCUGUGAGAUCCUUUGGCGGUGGAGGUGUCGGUGGCGGUGGUCAUCAGGACAACCAGGACGAAGAGGAUCAGGAUAGUGGGCCGUCGGAAGUGCCUCCUGCGUUGCCACUCAUCGAACCGCUGGGUUCGAGGGAGAUAUCCCACGAAAGCCUGCACAGGAUACUUUCGAGGCACGUUUCCAGGGAGAGUUUACACAUGCAACAGCAGCACCACCAGCAGCAGCUAUUACAACAACAGCACAACUACGGAAUGUCAGACUGUGGCCUGCAAGUGACCGAGGAAGAAAUCGCAAGAACCAUGGGAGGGGAACAUCCUUUGGCAUCGUUGAGCCAUUGUGAUAUGUCGUCCAGUUUUCAUGCAGGCGGAGAUGCGUUCAGCGAUUGUGCGAUGGGUGAAAGAACGAGGAACCAAUUUGACCAACUGGCGCGUCUUCGAGAGAUCUUCACAUCCCAACUGGCAAUGGCUGAGGUAACGCCUGUCUUCCGUGUAGGUUGUGAUGUCGGUAGUGUGUACAGUGAACCUGCCUAUCGUUUCAACACUGGCCCUGGCAGUGUUUGUAGUGAACCUCCAUACCGCCCGCCUAGUCCACGGCCACCAUCACGUAGUCCCAGUCAAUGUUCCCUGCCAAGCCUGAAUGGCAUCAUGCAAAUAGCCGGCAUGGAGCAAUAUGCUUCCCUGCGACAUCCUGACGGUGCUUCAGACCCAAAUCUUCCCAAAGCCGAAAAGGCAUUCAUCGAAAUGGACGAGAUGACGGAAGUCGACGAAAAAUCCGCUCUACUUUCCAAACGUCCAUCAUUAGAUCACGACCACAUAACCGCCCUGCCCAUCACAGCCCAAAGCCAAUUGCCGUUGUUGCCAUUGAACACCUCAUCGGAAGCCUACGACAGUGGUCAUGACUCCUCAACACCUCGAACCUCCAAACACUCGGGUAUAUCGCGACGUGCUGAAAGCGGAUACCAUAGUGUGGCAACGGUAAGAGACAGUGAUGAAUCCAGCUUCACCUCCGGCCUCUCCAAAGAGCAUCACAAUCGAAUUGUUAUGGUGAAGAAAAAACGCCAGGACAAGUCCUCCUUAUGCAACUGGCUGAUGAAUCCAUUCACCUGUACGUAUCCGGAGACUGAAGGUGAGAUCAGUGAUUUCUGAAUACCAUUACCAUAACCAUCCCCCAUAACAGUCAUCGUCACCAUCAAGCACUAUAUCCAGGUGUUAUUUUUAAAUUAAAACGAAUACAAACAAACAAAACAACCACCCACCAACAAAAAACAACAAAAAACACUUACACUAUAGAAAUAUUUUCCAUUAUCCUUAAAAAGGAUGCGCGAAUCUACUUGUGAAUAGAAAACAAAAAUACAAAAAAAGGAUAACACAUAAAACCAGCAGAAGAAUAUAAAAAUGUAGAAAACAAAAUGGUGCGCUUUGUUAUUGUCUUUAUGCUUUAGAGAUAUUAUUAUUAUUAUAUCGUGCUAUAAAUUUUUAAAAACAUAUAAAUAUAAAUAAAACAAAAUACAACAACAAAAAAGGAACAACUGCAGCUAAAUCGUUAUAAUGCUUUUUUCUGAAAACAAAAAUCCUUUUUUUUCUUCACCUUGUUUUUUUUUUAAUAAAUUCUCUUUUGAUUUAAGCGCUUUUUAAAUAAAACAAAUAUUUAUGUCCUUUUAAGUUCAGAGAGAUUUAAAGUGGAAAAGGAUGAAAGCAAGUGCAUGGAUACUAAAGGUAGGUUUUUGAAGUUUUUUUUUAUUUAAGUUGGUUUUUGAGUUUCGAAUAAUGAGAAUUUUAGUUUUGCGCUGGAAAAAUGAAGAAAUCAAUUAUAAGGUUGCUUUAAAUGGAUAUAACGUAUUUUUUUGAGUCGAUAUUUAAAUGCUGACCGUAUUAGGUUGAGUUCAAAAAUUCACCGAAAAACAAUAUUAAUCAAUACUAUUACUUUGUUUGUUUGUUUGUUUGAACCCGCCAAUCUCAAGAACUACUAUUUUCGUGUUUCAGUGUUAGGCUACAAAACAUUCCAAUUCUGUUUUUCAAUUUUGAGAUCUUCCGCUGCUUACGCUGCAGAAACGGUUAAAAUGUUGCUAAGAAAAGUGUGACAGAACUGUUUUUCCUUAUAAAUUCUAAAAAAAAAGUCCACAACAGUAUAUGUCUAUCUUUAAAAGCUUGCUCUACCACUUUUUAUGCUUACAAAAUUUUUUAUAAAAUAAAAAAUGCGAGUAAAGCCGUGCGCAAGGCGCAGCUAUAGUCAUAAAUAAGCAUGAUAGAGUACAAGACGGACGUAAUGAAACUCAUUUAAUAUUCAAGAAAAAUUGUCUUAAUCUUAGUUGAUGCUAUUGAGUUUCUCAUAAAAUAAAAAUAAAAUUUAAAGAGGUUGCAACACUUAAGUUUCCGAAAUUUGAUUUGUUUGAAAUCACAAUCAAUUUUUUGGAAGCAAUUAAAAAACUGAAAACC